GCCUCUCUCUUUUCCCCAUGGGCUCUCCUCUCAACAUGGCCAUGUGUAUCAUAGCCUCGUGCUGACUACAAGUCUUGGCCUCCUUCGUCCCAGAAAGACCCUUGGAGGCAAUAUGCAAUACUUUGCGAUCUCCAUUCUUGAUGGAGCCUUGCGGCUCGUCAGGAUUCAGAAGAUUGGCAAUUGACAACGAUGGUUCUUUGUCAUGAUGCGAAGUCCUUGCGAGACAUAUAUGCUGCCGAUGCCGUCCACGAGAUGGCAUGUAGCAGCUUCAUCCCAUUCUCGCGAUCAGAGAUCCUUGCAAGGUCGACUCCCUCCUCGACAGUUCCCUUUUUCACUUUGAACUUCCGGCAACCAUGGGUCGUAACUCGCUUGACCAGAAUGCCGAUGCCGCACUGGCAAAGCUCGGCUACAAGGCAGAGCUUCCUCGAAACCUGAGCAUGCUCAGUGUCAUGGGCCUUUCCAUGGCCAUCAUAGCAACACCAUUCGGUCUCUCAGCCACUUUGUCACUCGCUCUCAUCGAUGGACAAUGCGUGACAGUCCUUUGGGGCUGGAUCAUCGUCACAUUAAUUUCUAUCGCAAUUGCAGCCUCACUUGCCGAAGUCUGUGCCGUCUAUCCUACCUCAGGCGGAGUUUAUUACUGGUCUGCUAUCCUGGCGACCCCAGAAUGGGCGCCAAUGGUCUCUUUCGUCGACGGCUGGCUCACUUUGGUCGGCAACUGGACGUGCACGCUGAGUAUCAACUUUUCAGGCGCGCAGAUGAUCCUCAGCGCCAUCACGCUCUGGAAUGACGACUACGUACCGACACCGUGGCAAACGAUUUUGAUGUUCUGGUUUGUUAUGUUGCUUCACGCUCUGAUCAAUAUCUUCCUGUCCAAAUACCUCGACUUCAUCAAUAAGUUGGCCAUGUACUGGAUUGCCGGAGCUGUGGUCAUCAUCCUGAUCGUGACACUGUCCAUGGCAGAUACUAAGCACAGCGGCGCUUAUGUCUUUGGCCAUUACGAUGCUUCAGCGAGUGGCUGGCCAAGUGGAUGGGCGUUCUUCGUCGGGCUUCUCCAAGCUGCAUACACCUUGACAGGCUAUGGCAUGGUCGCCGCCAUGUGCGAAGAAGUGCAGAAUCCUCACCUCGAAGUUCCCAGAGCGAUCGUCCUCUCAGUGGUCGGCGCAGGCAUCACAGGCGUGGUAUACCUCCUACCCAUUCUCUUCGUUCUCCCACCAGUCGAGCUCCUCUUGGGCGUUAUGAACGGCCAGCCAAUCGGCCUGCUGUUCAAGACGGUCACCGGAUCCGCCGGCGGAGGCUUCGGCCUUCUCUUCCUGCUCCUGGGGGUAUGGAUGUUUGCCGGCACCGGCGCCCUCACCGCGUCAAGCCGCUGCACCUACGCCUUCGCCCGUGACGGCGCCAUCCCAGGCUACCACAUCUGGCGCAAGGUCAACAAACGCCUAGACGUCCCUCUCUACGCGAUCGUCCUUUCCGCUGUCGUCGACGCCCUCUUGGCUCUCAUCUACCUCGGCUCCUCAGCGGCCUUCAACUCAUUCACAGGAGUAGCAACGAUCUGCCUCGGCGCAUCGUACGGCCUACCCAUCCUCGUGUCCGUGGUACGAAGGCGACGCAUGGUCAAGAACUCGCCGUACUCGCUAGGGCGCUUCGGCUAUGCGAUCAACAUCGUUGCCGUGGUAUGGAUUAUCCUGGCCACUGUGCUGUUCUGCAUGCCGACCGCUGUGCCCGUCACGCCGUCGAGCAUGAACUACGCUAGCGUGGUGUUCACCUUUUUCGCGGCUGUCAGUGUACUCUGGUACCUUGUCUAUGCGCGCAAGCAUUUCACCGGCCCUCCUAUUGCCGACAUUGAGGUGGUCAAGGGCGCGGUGAACGAGGGUGUUUCGCCGGAUGUGGAGGAUUCGUCGGGUGUGCUGGGUGAGACUGCGGCGCCGAAUAAAGCAGAGUGAGCGUUUUCAUCCUCAAUAAGUCAAGUCAGUGACCAAUUCGGAACGCCCUAUAUACAGAAUAUACUAGUACAUAGAGGUCAUCAAAUUGGAUUUGACGUUAUUGUCGUAUUGUCCAA